CGAUUGAAAAAACGCUUUAGAUCAAUGAUACGUUGUUAGCUUUCUAUUCGCUUAAAUUUACAAUGUAAUUUUACACGGAUAACUUUCUUGAGAUCAAAGCACCUUCUCCGAGUAAACUCUACUGAACGAAUCCGAAGGUGAAAUCUCUUCUUACUUUAUUCAAUUACUUCGUACGCGAUAAAGUUGCUAAGAUAAAUCUCACAUACGGAAUUUGUGUCUGGAAUGUAAUAACAUUUAUACAUCAAAUUUCAAAAUAUAAUUUCAUGAUCUUUUUAUAUGUUUAUAGUUAGUCAUUAAGUUAUUGUAAUAUGAAACUAAACAAAAAGAUAUCAUGUGAUUGUGCUCGUUGAGCACGAUCAUUGCAAGUUUGCGUGAGGAAUGUCAAUUCUAUGUCCAAAUGAAAAAAAAAAAAAAAAAAAAAAAAAAAGAGAGAGUGUAUGUAAAACAAUUCUUCAUUUAAAUGCAACACGUAUCUUUAUAAAGUAUUAUGCACUCGGUGUAUAUACGUGCAAUUUAAUAAUAGAUAGGAAAUAUUAACAAACAAACAAAAAAUAUUUUUUAAUGUAAAAUGAGACAAGGACGACAAUCAUUGAUCUAUAAUUGGAAUCGUUUUUAUCAACUUAGUUUCUUCUUACGCUCGAAGGAAAAGUAGAGCACCAAAGGAAGACAUUGGAACAUUGCUUUGUAGUAAAAUGUAACUCGUCGAAUUUAAAACACCUUUUGUAAUGAUUCUUUGAAAAUCCUGUUUUAUUAAAAUGAUUUAAUGACACAACGUUAACCUAAUAAAAAUAUCCCAUUUAAUUAGAUUUUUAUUAUUACUUCAAGUAACUUCACUUUAACGAAUAGUUCAAGGAAGAUGCAUGAUAAAUAUGCAACUAAUACGUCGCUUAAAAGAGAAAGUGUUUAAGGAUAAACAUUUUCAUAAAUGAUGUCAAUGAAAGUACUUCAAUUCGUAUGUUUUAAAACAUACGUAUGAAGAUAUUCAGUUUUAUUAUCAUUAUCUAAUGGUUUUGAUCAAAUUGCAAUUUGUUCGACAAUAAACAGUAAAUAAAUUCUUUUUAUUUCACAGUAUAUGCAAUGCUAAUGAUAAACUUCAAUUAUUAUUAUUAAUGUCUCAAGUGUCAAUAUAUUCUUACAUUUUCUUAGAAAAAAAAAAAAAAUAUAGCUGCAGAAUAGAGAGUUAGUAAAAACACAAUUAUUUCACUCUUUCUUUUUAGCUAUACGAACGUCCUCACCUAUUGCAUGGAGCACGAGAAUCUUACUAGAUUUCACUCUCAGUAUUAGCCAUACCGCCUGCAUUGAAACACUCCUAUUUUCGCUUGCAGUUAUUUUACCAAUGCAUCUGACCAAAAAGCGAAUCAAAGUUUUAUGUGAAUUAUCUGACAAAAUCAAAAAUCAAAAUCUCCAUUAAAAUAAAUGAUGUGUCCGUGAUUUGCAAAAUACAAAAUAUAAAUACUCAGUGAAAUAUGCAGUGAUAGUGUAUAAUUAUAAUUUUUGACCAAUUUCGAUUAAAAACAAGCUACGUGUUAACAAACACUGUGUUAAAAAAUUUACAAAAUAUCAUUCUAGAAAAUGACAAUAGGUAUAGGUUUGGUUACAUUAAUUGCCAGGACAUCCGCCAUAGGGAUCGGCUUGAUCCCACUUAUGGCAAUCGGACUAUCAUUAUACAGAUACGAAAAGAUGGAUCCUGAAUCUCCUAUAAGAAAUACUCGUGAGCUGAAUCGAAUGUAUGAUUUCAUCAUUGUGGGUGGUGGAAGUGCUGGAGCAGUAGUUGCUUCGAGACUAUCUGAGGUAUCCAAUUGGAGCGUAUUGUUAAUAGAAGCCGGUGAUAAUGAGAACGAAAUUUCGGAGGUCCCAAUUUUCGCAGGCUACAGUCAAUUAACGGAAUUAGAUUGGAAAUAUCAAACCACACCGUCAACUACAUCGGCUUAUUGUCUCGCAAUGGUAGGAGAUAGAUGUAAUUGGCCACGUGGAAGGGUUCUUGGUGGAAGCAGUGUCCUAAAUGCUAUGGUAUAUGUGCGUGGAAACAGAUUGGAUUACGACAACUGGGCAAGAAUGGGUAACACCGGCUGGAGUUACGAAGAAGUUCUUCCUUACUUUCUUAAGUCAGAAGAUAACAGGAACCCUUAUUUAGCGAAGUCACCUUACCAUAAUAGGGGUGGCUACUUGACUGUACAGGAACCUCCGUGGAGAUCUCCAUUAGCGAUCGCUUUUUUGCAAGCUGGACAAGAACUAGGUUAUGAAAAUCGUGAUAUCAAUGGUGAAAGUCAGACUGGCUUUAUGAUCGUACAGGCUACAAUACGGCGAGGAAGUCGUUGCUCGUCUGCUAAAGCUUUUUUAAGGCCGGUAAAGAACAGACCAAAUCUACACGUAGCUUUAAACACUCAAGUAUUAAAAGUGCUCUUCAAUGACGAAAAACGAGCUACGGGGAUAGAAUUUCUUCGUUACGGUUUAAAACAAACUGUUAAAGUAAGAAGAGAGAUUAUUCUAUCAGCUGGAGCAAUCAAUUCACCUCAAUUGCUAAUGCUAUCAGGCAUAGGACCAAGAGAACAUCUCGAGGAACUCGGAAUAACGGUAAUAUCUGAUCUUCGAGUUGGAGACAAUCUUCAGGACCAUGUUGGUCUCGGUGGAUUAAGCUUUACGGUAAACGAACCUGUUACUUUAAAUAGGGAACGCUUAGAAUCAGUACCAAUAUUAUUGAAUUAUUUAAUAAACAAUAAGGGACCAUUAACUAAUCCCGGAAUCGAAGCUUUGGCCUUUAUUAAUUCAAAAUACGCUGACCCAUCUGGUGCUUACCCAGAUAUUCAGCUCCACUUCCUAGCAAGUUCUAUUAAUUCUGAUGGUGAAUCUGUAAAGAAGUUUGUGGGACUGAAAGACAGUGUUUACAAUACUGCAUUUAAACCACUAAAAAAUUCUGACAGUUGGACCCUAUUACCUCUUUUAUUAAGACCUAAAAGUUCUGGAUGGAUUCGUCUUAAGAGUAAAGAUCCUUUGACUCAUCCUGACAUUAAUCCGAAUUAUUUCGCUUAUAAAGAAGAUGUAGACACUUUAAUAGAUGGUAUAGAACUUGCCAUGGCUGUUUCAAAUACUAGUGCUUUUCAAAGAUUUGGUUCAAGACCGUACUCUAUUAAAUUACCAGGCUGUCAACAAUUUCCUUUUGCUACUUACGAAUAUUGGGAAUGUGCUAUACGACACUUUACUUUUACUAUGUAUCAUCCAGUGGGUACGUGUAAAAUGGGACCAAAACACGAUCCAACAGCUGUCGUGGAUCCAAGAUUAAGAGUUUAUGGUGUGAAAGGUUUAAGAGUCGUUGAUGCAUCUAUAAUGCCUACCAUUGUGAAUGGAAAUACUAAUGCACCUGUUAUCAUGAUCGGCGAAAAAGCUAGCGAUAUGAUUAAAGAAGACUGGCGAUAAUAACAACAACAGUUUUUACAUCAUAAUUAAAAUUAUUAUAUAUUUGUAAUUUAUA